ACUCGACGAGCAGCUCAGAACAACUUCGAACGGCAUCCGAGACAGGUCCUCAAAGCAGGAACCAGCAGAAUCGUGGUACCAAAGUGAGAACAGUUGAGGAGGCUGAAACUGCAAGGCGACUGUAGUGAGAGCGAAAGUGUGGUACAGAACUUAGUGUGUAACGUCCGCAACAUCCAAGCAACCUAAGAACCGGAGAUUUUAUACCAAAAAUGGUCUACGAUAGUGACUUCUAUACCACCCGCCGGGUCGGUUCGAGCUACACCCGCCCGACGAUUUCGUCCUACACGGUGACGACUCCACUGCGGUAUUCCGGAGUUCCCCGGUUUGAUUCAUAUACCACCACCACCACCACAGCGUAUCGCACACCAAUGCCAUAUAUUGCCCAUAAGCGCAUUGUUCCAGUGACACGAUUUGCCACCACGCCGCCAAGGGUGAUAGUGUCACCGAUGCGAGUGAUCAGUUCACCGGUUCGCGUUCUCGGCUCGCCGGUCCGAGUUUACGGUUCACCGGUGCGCGUCAUCACCUCACCGGUGCGUACCGUGGUUCGGGCCGUCAGGUCGCCAGUUCGUAUCAUCUCCUCACCGGCACGGAUCUGCACAAUCCGGUCGUCCUAUCUGCGUCCAUCGAUCGUCAACAAAGAAUUCGAUCGUAUCGAACGUAAAUACCGUGCCAGCCCCGUAAGUAGUGCCCUCGAGCAGUAUUACAACUCGCCCUCAUACAUGGAAUACGACGAUGAAAAACGGGAGAUACGCAAUUCUGCCGCUCUACUACUGCGCCAACUGAACGAUCCAGUACCACGUAUGAUGCCACCACCAGUACAGACAGCAAAUACCACCGAACCAAAUCUCAAGAAAUGGUUCUACGAUCCCUUGAACCACCACAACAAGUACAACAGUGACACCUAUGUCAAGAGCACCAUCACCGAUCCACUGCGCAGUGUUGCCAGAGAUAUUGAAGCCAUGUCCAGAUACCAUUCACCAGCCUCGCGCUACGUUGAAUAUGUUCUGCUAGAUGACAUUCUGUGGCGCUACAGUUACUACGUUGACGAAAAGGGCAAAAAUCACUUGGCCAGCACGCGCAUUAUCGGAUCAAAGGCAUACCCGAAGAGCAAACCACGAAUCUAUAACUAUGACACGGCCCGGGUGGACAGGGACGUCAACAUAAUGUCCCACUAUAAGUCAAAUCGCAGUCAGGCUAAAACAGAUGUUGAGGAAGUGAAAUUGAAUCCAGCUCGACCGACACGCAAAUUCAACAACCCGAAGCUGUACGAUGACCCGACCGAUCCGAAGCUAAAGGACAAACAGGACAAAAUCGACCGGGUGGCCGAGCUGAACAAAAUACGCUACGAACCGGUGAACUUGGAGCGUGAACGUGUAAAAACACUAGAGGAGACCAAGAAAAAGGAAGAGGAAUCGAUCGAACGGGAAGCGAAACGUCAGGAAGAGAAAGUUCUUCAGGAGGAGGCCGCACGGUUGGCAGCGGAGGAAGCCGAACGGAAGCGUAAGGAAGAAGAAAAGCUAGCCGAGGAGGCACGACUAGCCGAGGAGAGACGAUUAGCCGAGGAAGCCCGACUGGCCGAGGAGGCAAGACUGGCUGAAGAAAAGAAGAAAAAAGCAGCAGAGAAGAAGCGCAAACAGGAGGAGGAACGUAAGCGUCAAGAGGAGGAAGAGCAACAACGACAGCAGGAGGAAGCCGAGCGUAAACGCAAGGAAGAAGAGGAACGUAAACGAUUGGAAGAAGAAGAACUUAAGCGAAAGGCUGAAGAAGAAGAAAAGAAACGAUUGGAGGAAGAAGAGAACAAACGCAAGGAGGAAGAAGAAAAGAAACGACUGGAAGAAGAGGAACGAAAGCGCCAGGAAGAAGAGGAAAAAAAUCGAUUGGAGGAACAGCGAUUGGCCGAGGAGGCUCGACAAGCCGAAGAGGCUCGUCAGGCUGACGAAGCCCGCCAGGCUGAGGAAAAGAAACACAAAGAGGAAGAGGAAGCCCGUAUUACGGAAGCUCAGAAAAUUCGUGAGGAUGAACUUGCCCGAUUGAAUGAACUGGAAAAGCAGGCCAUCGAAGAAAGUAACGACGAAUUGUUCCGGGAAAUCGCUCAGCUGAAGGCGAUUGCUGAAUCGGACGAGGAACUACUGAAACGUCAGGCUGCGAGACUGGAGGAAGAAUCACCGAUCGUUUCGGAAGUGGCUCCAGUCGUAGACGAAGUGUUGGCCGAGGCUGCCAGUGUAAUCGCUCCAGAGGAAGCCGUAACCGAACCCACGGCCAAUGAGGUUGAGGUUGCUGCAACUGAGGAAAGUCCUGCUUCGGAACAGUAAACUCAGCCGAUUAAAUGUUAUCACUUAGAUUAAUUGAAUUAGGAUUAAAAAAAUGGUGUUCAAGAUGCGCUAAAACGAAAUUGGAAAAAAUUCUAAGCAAAAAUCAACUAUUUAAAGACACUAACGACAAUCGGCUGAGCAAAGGUUGGAAACCGGAUACGACUAAAAUCAUGUGAAAAAACUUUUUCUAUGCUAACUUUAGAAACUCUAGACAUUCACAAGAAAACGCAAGAAACGCUGAAUUGCUCCACUAGCAAAUGUCAAUCCGUACGUAAACGCCAAGGAUAUAGAUGACGGUGUCUAUAUUUGAACCUUUAGGAGAUCGUGCGGUUUUUGUUUUGCGGAAGCAAACCAAUAUUUACUGAAACAAAAAGGCCUUCUACUGCUGAACGUUUGAAGUACAUUUCUCGACUUCUCGAACCCUUCGGACCAUCCCUCGAAAUCAGAAUACAACACAAUCUUUACUGUCUGUUAUAUUUUAUUGCAAACAAAAUUACGCAGAAUCAUUGUAACAAAUCUGUUAAGUUUGUCAAAAAACAAAACAUUGUUCGAAAAAUAAAACAAAUCCUGAUUUUGUCUAAAAA